UAAUGUAUGAUUUAUUAUGUACAGCAGGUGACUGGUAGUUAACAUUUAUCUCAAAAAAGAAUGUAAUUGUUUGUUUUUUCCUGAAGCUUUCUCUGGGAGGUGCAUGUUUGUAUCAGUGACAAGAUGACAAUUCAUAUUCUUACCAAAAGAUCCAGUGAGUCAUCUUAUUAACUCUACUGAAAUACAUGCUUGGCAACAGUCCUACCACGUUAACCAACUGACUUCACGAUGACUGAGGGCUUAGAUUCCAGAUUCAGUAACCUUACUUGGGAUCAGAUUAGAAUAUUGGAUCAAGUACUAACUGAAGUGAUACCUAUUCAUGGAAGAGGAAAUUUUCCAACACUAGAAGUAAAACCAAAGGAUAUUAUUCAUGUUGUAAAGGAACAACUGAUUGAGAAGGAAAUCAGUGUUAGAGACAUCCGCCUGAAUGGUUCAACAGCUAGCCACAUCCUUGUAAAACAAAAGGGAACUAGCUACAAGGAUUUAGAUAUCAUUUUUGGUGUUGAACUUCCAAGUGAACAUGAAUUUCAGGUUGUUAAGGAGGCUGUUCUGAAUUGCUUACUGGACUUUUUACCAAAAUGUGUCAAUAAAGAAAAAAUCACUGCUCAGACUAUGAAGGAUGCAUAUGUGCAGAAGAUGGUCAAAGUCUCCACUGAUCAUGACCGCUGGAGCCUUAUAUCAUUGUCAAACAACAGUGGCAAAAAUGUAGAACUAAAAUUUGUAAACUCGCUCAGACGACAGUUUGAAUUUAGCGUGGACUCUUUUCAAAUUAUCCUGGAUUCCAUAUUAAAUGUUUACAGUGACACAGACUGUGAAUUGACAGAAGACUCGCAUCCUACUGUUAUUGCAGAGAGCAUGUAUGGUGACUUCAGAGAGGCAAUGGACCAUUUAAAAUACAAACUUAUUUCCACGAGGAACCCUGAGGAAAUCAGAGGUGGAGGCCUUCUGAAAUACAGCAAUCUCCUGGUUCGUGAUUUUAAGCCAGCGGAUGAGGCUGAAAUCAAAUCUUUGGAACGUUACAUGUGUUCCAGAUUCUUCAUUGAUUUUCCUGAUGUGGCUGAGCAGCAAAGGAAAAUUGAGUCAUACCUGCGCAACCACUUCAUUGGGGAAGAAAAGAGCAAAUAUGACUACCUGAUGACUCUGCGUGGAGUUGUAAAUGAGAGUACAGUAUGUCUCAUGGGACAUGAACGAAGACAAACUCUGAACAUGAUUACAAUUCUGGCUUUAAAAGUACUAGGAGAACAAAAUAUCAUCCCAAAUGCAGCCAAUGUUACAUGCUACUAUCAGCCUGCUCCAUAUAUCAGUGAUAGAAACUUCAGUAAUUACUACAUUGCUCAUGGACAGCCACCUGUCAUCUACCAGCCAUACCCAUUUCACAUACAAAUGCAAAGUGGCAUGGUUUAGAAAAACAUUAACCUCUCACUGCACACCCACCCCCUUCCAAUACUUUCCACAAUAAAGGCCUCGUUAAAGCAAGUUUUACAAUCACUUUUGAUUUUAGGACUUUCUUGCAGAUUGCCAACGGUCUUGAUCAGUCAGUACUUAAAAUCAUUGUUACACAAGGCAUCUGAUAAGUUAUGUACAUGUAAAAUUGCUAGCCACUAUUCUACAAAUUCAUGAUGCUCUUCAUAUUUUCCUAAAACAGAAAUACUCUGUGACUGAGUUUUACAUUCCUUUGAGCCAAAAAGUGAAAGAUGUAAACAGUUCUAAUUUUACAAAUUACUAUAGGCAGUGGUUCUAAAGAAUUAUUUCAUAUAAUUUAAACAGCGUAAUUGGAAAAAUAUGCUAAAAGGUAUUUAAGGUUGUUCCGUAGAAAGACCUGAUUUUGAAGUCAACGGAUUUAAAAAAUAUUGGCAUUACAGAUAUAGUAAACAAACUGGACCAAAUUUGUCAGCUGUACCCAACUCAAAUACAGUUGGAGUCGCAGUGCAUUUUCAAAUUUGCACUGGUUGACUGAGUUUGUUAAAUAUCCCAGUAGGUUAAAUUCUGCUUUCUGGGUGCAAGCCAGCAAGAUGCCAAACAAUUCUCAGCUCCCAUUAAAGACAUCAGUACUUGAGGAUAGUUUCCUCACCUGUGUGCUGCUCAACACCUAACAAGAUUAAUUAACACCGUAGCCCAAUUCUACAGUCUGUGUCCACCCCAAAUUCCCCCUGAUUUCAUUGAGAAAUACGGGUAGCCAAGGAAUGCAAGGCUGGCCUCUUGGUUUGAAUUCCACACAAAGAAGUUGCUUAAGCAGGUGAUUUAGUCAUUCUGCUCAAUUAGUCAUGAAAAGCAAGCCAAAAUCAUGAGGGAGAAGGUGACUGUUCUGCACAUGGAUGUUUUCGUUCCCUAGAUAUUUAAUAGUAACCAGAAAUAAAGUAAGCUACAUGAAUACCAAAUGGUAAUCAGGAAAAAAAAGGGACUGUGUGAUUUUUAAGUGAUUUUAAAACCAUGUUCUUAGCAGGGGCAUUUGAUAUACUAUUUUAUACUAGAAGUGUCCUGUAUAUGCUUAGACGUCUGUGCACAUACAAUAGUAGCAAAUCAAAAUCUCUCUCAUGAUCUCAUUUUUUGAGUGUGUUUACCAAAGAUAAGUUUCAAACAUGUCACUUAAGUGCCUCCCUGUGCCAGUUGUUCCAUGAAAAGUGUAAUGUAUUGUAGAACAUGUCAUAUUAGAUAGCUCCUGAAAUAGAAAUGAGGGUAUGUGAAAUAUUGUGGUUGGAACUCCACCUCUGGCUUACAAAAUAUCCUCUUCUCUUAAAACGUGGUCCAAUCCUGCAGCACUGAAGUCAAUGGAAAUUGUACCAUUCACUUCAAUGUGUCAGCACCACAAUCCUACUCCCAUUGAAACAAGACAAGUUCAGCAAUUGACUCCAAUGCAAGGAGCAGAUAUUGGAAAAGCUCACAAAUAAAAAACAUAAUUAGAGUAGAUUCUGUUUCAAAAUAUAAGCUGUAAGCCAGUUGAAAAAUGCAGCAAGAGGUGUUGUUAGUUCUGAUGCUUUGUAUGUCACUUGCUUAUCCUUGGAGCUAAUGAUAAAGUGAUGCAUCAUUUUACAUCAUGUUAUGCAGACCAAAGUAUUGACUACAUUUUAUUUGAAUAAAAACAACUCUCCAGUUUUAGAAAUAUGUGCAGUUUGAAAAAAAAAAAGGUUUGAGUUAAUGUAUGUAUUGGUACAUUAAAUCAUACAUUUCCAAAUUUAUAUUUCUAAGAUCUAUGGUCUGUAAUUAUCCGCUUGCCAAUGAAAGUAACUUUACUGAGGCCCACUUAUGAUCUCGCCAGUAGAUUAAAAAACUGUUUGUAAGACUGAUUUGUUGACUUUUCCCUCUUGAGUGAAUUCCUUUUAGUAUAAUGUAGUGCAAUAUAAAACUGCUCCAUACUAUGGAAUGAUGUACAUGAAAUGAUUGUAAGAGGAAUAAGGGUGCAAUAAUCCACUUGGAGGCAAAUGAACAGUGCAAUGUCUUUCAUGAAUACAUUAUCUUGUUUUUAAUUGAUUUAUCAAAUAUGUCCAAUUGCAUGUCUCAGGGCACAUUUAGUUCAAUUUUCAAUGAUUAUGAUCUUACCACUUGCGUCAAUUGUAUUUAAUAAAAUAGGCAAUUUUAAUUUCUAUGUUACUGUAUUGCUGUAUGGAACUGAAGCACUUCCAAAAAAAUUCCACUAGUAAAAUAGUGGUCCACAUACACAGGGCAGUACAUUUCUAACAAUAGAACCUGUGAUUUUCAUCUGCUUUUCACCAAAAGGAAUAGUGCUGUAUACUGCUCCAUAAUGCCAUUUAUACCAUGACUCUUCUGGUACUUAUGCUUGUACUUAAUUUUCAGCCCAUCUGCAAUCUCAUUGACUUCCAUGAGACUAUUUAUUAAAGUUAUGCACAACUAAUUUUCAAAGGAGCCUAAGUUGGACAGUUGAGCAAAUCUCAUGGAAUGUCAGUGGGAGCAGGGUGCUUCUGAAAAUCCCUAUCCCACAGUUAUAAAUGAUACAGGUUUGGGGGUACUGAUAUGGUGAUUUUAUAUUAAUUGCAGCCAAAAAAAAAUGUAAAGCUUCCUUAGCUGUGAUGGGAAUUUUGUAGAGAAAUUUGAUGACCUAAAGAAUCAAAACACAGAUCCGUAAAGAUGGAGGGUUUUCUUCCAUCCCCUGCACAUCCAAUACAUCAGUAACUGGAGAAACAUUUAACAAUGUUAUCAGUUUGUACUAACAAGUAGUAGCAUCAUAAUGCAACAUUUCUGUGUAGUAGGACUAUCACGCUUAUUUGGCUAGUGAAGAAGUCCUUGUUAAAAAGUACAGCUAACGGUGAAAUAGCUGCAGGUAUGUAUAAACUAACUUGUGCUAUCAUACAGCAACUGCUCAGAUUUUCUUUUCUUUUCUGGAUUUUUUAAAGUACUUGACACAUCUCUGUUUAAAUCCAGGUUAGACAAUGAGGGACGGAUCCAGAAGUCACUGAAGUUACUGGAAUGAAUCUAGUUGGCUUAAGUGGGCUUUGGAUUUGAUUGUAAGGGAACAUAAAGGACAUAUUUAUAGUACCUACAGGUAAAUGUAUAAAAGACAUCAAUAUGCAAAAAUGUCUCAGGUAUAAAUAAACCCUUUUAAUUUAUUAAAAAGGUCUUGUAUUUCUUAGGUAGAGGUAGCCAUUCAAUUUUGAAGGCUAUUGGGGGGUAAUGAUUUGAUACACACACACAUACACACACAUUAUAUAUACAUACACAAACAAUUAAAAAUAUAACUUUUUAAAUGUUUCAUUGAAUAUAUCAUAUAAAUAAUUAGCAGCAGUAUCAAACCUGGAUAUUUUUAAAGACAGUACUGAUUCUGUAAAUUAAUAUUAGAGACAGGGAUGUGAUAUAUACAUAUAUGUAUACUGCUGCUUGAAAAAAUAUUGACAUCAACAUGUAAGAUAUGAUACUGUAACCUCUUCUCCAGUCCUUAUCUAUUUUACUAUGUGCAAAUAUAAAUCUCUACAAAGAAUUAAUUCUGAGACUUUUUUCGGUACCAGUAUCUUGAGCUUCAUGUUUACAUUAUUAACUUGUUGUUACAAUCUGUUUAAUAAUUAUAACAACUGGGAAAUGUAAUGCUGAUUUUAUUUAAUCAUAUUCAAAACUUCUCAAAGUUUACAGUUUAAAGUAAUCUAAUGUUGUCAGGAUGUAAGUGUAAAAGUUUCAAGUGCUUUCUUAAAAAUGUCAUUUGAAUUUUGUGUUAUAUUGUAAAAGGUCCAUUUGAAGCAUAUUCUUUCUGGUAUUUUGUUUCAAUUGUAAUUUGUGAGCUUUAUACUCAAUACAUUACGAGGUUUUUGCAAUGGAUAACCAAGGUGUGAAACUGUCCUCUGUCAUGAUGUUAUAUUGUCUAUUGUGUUACACUGAUCCUACAAAUGUAUAAAAAGUAAAACUGAUAGAUCUGGUUUACCAUAGAGUUACUCCAGUUUUAUACCUUUGCAGCUCUACUGAUGUCAGUGGAGUCAUACCAACAUGAAACUGGCAUAGCAAAGUGGUGAAUUGGAAAUUAUGUUUGUAAUUAGAAAUAUUUUUGGAAAGGACAGCAAAAGAAGUUUAGGCAGUUCAGUAUUGCAAGAAAUCCUACCUAUUCUCUCCCGUUUGGUGUGUUUUUCUAUUAAAAAUGAUGAAUAUUCAGGAAUACAUCUGUUAUGAUAAGGAAGUAUUUUACUUAAUGUGCCAUCUGAAGUUGUUGAAGAAUAUUGUAAUGCUAAUACUUUGUAUUAACCGGACAAAUUUGUAGGUCAUUAGUCCACAGUGUUGACUAGUGCCUUUGGGUACUUGGGGAAAAAUCAUUAAAAUAACCUUCUUGUUA